AUGGCUUCAGAUGAUUCUUUUUCUUCCGCUCCUCUUUCUAUCUCUCAAGUUGUGACUCUCAAACUCACUAGGUCCAACUAUCUCCAAUGGAAAACUCAAUUGGAGUCCUUUCUCUCACCUCAAAUGCUCCUCGGCUACGUUAAUGGCUCGCUUCCUCGCCCAGCAUCCACUCGCUUUGUCACCGGUGCUGCAGGAGUUACUGAAGAGCCUAACCCGGAGUUCCAGAAGUGGGUUCAUAAUGACCAACUGGUCAUGGCUUGGAUCUUAGGAUCACUCUCUGAAACCGCCAUUCGAGUCGUCUAUAGUAUGCAGUCUGCUCAGGAGGUAUGGUCUGCACUCGCUAAAAGGUUUAAUAGUGUUUCUACCACUAGGAAGUUCAAACUACAGAAUAAGUUUCGUGCUUGCCUUAAGUCUGGUAAGGAAUAUGAAACUGUUGCUACUGUGAUUGAGCAUUCUAUGGAUUCACUUCCCACUCCUUGCUAUGAAGAUGUAGUCUUUAAAGUUAUUGCCUUUGAUGAUAAGCUGAAAAUGUAUUCUCCUGCUCCUGCUGUCACUCUGCAUCUUGCCUUUCAAACUGAGAAAACAUACUAUGAUCGGGGAGGUUCAAACAACAGAGGAGGUCGCUCUGGUGGAAGUUACAGAGGAAGAGGGAAUUACUCUACUAGAGGAUGCGGCUUUCAGCAGCACGGUAGCAGUCAGAACAGUCAGAACAGAGGAAAUGGUGUCACAAGACCUACCUGUCAGAUCUGUGGGAAGUAUGGUCAUAGUGCUUUUGACUGUUACUACCGCUAG